AUGAAUGUGAAAGCUUUAUUAGAAGAAAUAAAGGAAAAAUUUGGGGGUGUUAAGGUUCUUGAAUACACAUUGUACAAGGCAAGGAAUAGAGCCCAACUUGAAAAUGAGGGCUAUCAUUUAGAGGCAUUCCAAAAAUUACCUCUAUAUGCAGCUAAGGUAGAGAGAACUAAUCCAGGUUGUAUGGUUAAGAUUAAGAGGAAUCCAGACAACAGUGAGAUGUUUAAGAGUAUGUUUAUGUCAUUUUCAGCACUACGAAGAGGGUUUAUUGAUGGUUGCAGGCCAUACAUUGGUUUAGAUGGGCGUCAUUUGAAAGGUCCAUAUGGGGGUGUUUUGUUAAGUGCAAUUGCUUUGGAUGGGAACAAUGGUCUGUUUCCCAUAGCAGUUGCAAUUGCUGAUGGUGAGACAAAGAAAUCAUGGACUAAUUUUGGGGAUAGUGUUGAGAUAACACCAUGGACUUUCAUGAAUGAUGGGCAGAAGGGAAUAUUUCAAGCUUUAGAAGUUGUUUUUCCUGAUGCAUAUAAAAGGAAAUGUUGUAGGCACAUCUACAACAACUUCAAAGUGUUGUUUCCUGGGCUUAGAAUGAGAAGGUUGUUUUGGAAUACAGCAAAGGCAUGCACUGCCCAUAAUUUUCAGAGAGAACUUACAAAAAUCAGAAACCAUUCAGAGGGGGCAUAUAACUGGCUUGUAAAUCACUCGUUGGAGACAUGGUAUAGGCAUAGGUUUGAUCUAAGAGUUAAAUGCGAUAAUGUUUCAAACAAUCAUGUAAAGUCUUUUAAUUCUUGGUUGGGAGACAUCAGGAUGAGAUCUGUUUUGGGUAUCAUGGACACAAUAAGAAGCAAACUGAUGUGCAGGCUACAAAAGAGGUAUCAGAGAGGGUUAGGUUUGGAGAACUUGACUGCAGCACCCAAGUUGAAGAAAAAAUUGAACAAGGCAGUAAAGGAUAGUAGGAAUAUAGAAACACUCUUUUGGGCAGGGGGUACUGAAUAUGAGGUGACACAAGAUGGAUUUAUAUUUGUUGUGGAUUUGGGCCCAAAAACUUGUUAUUGUAGGGCUUGGGAAAUUUCUGGAAUUCCUUGCUACCAUGUCGUGGCAUGCAUCAAUUAUAGUAGGUUAAAGAUUGAGGAUUACUUCCAUAGUUACUACAGUAAAGAGAAGUACAUGAAAACCUAUGACAAUAUGAUACACCCUCUGCACCAUGAAACCUUGUGGCUUGAAGUACCACAUGCCCCUCUUAAGCCACCUAUACUGAAAAGAAAUCCUGACAGACCUAAGAGGGCUAGAAGAAGUGAUAGUGAUGAACCUUUGGCUAUGAAGAGGUCAUCUAUAGUAACUUGUAGCAUUUGUAAUAUUGUGGGGCACAACAAAAAAGGAUGCCAAAGGGUACCAACAACUAGAGCAGUAAGAGAAGCAACUGCAAGUCCUUCAAGAGCUGCAUAUCCAUCAAAAGCUAUAACAAGCAGAGGGAGAGUUGGCAAGUUCAGUAUAUGUCAUUUCAGUAUAUGA